CCACCCCCCCAUCCCUUUUGUUUAGAGAAAGUAGAAGCCCAGAAAAACGACUCACUUCAAAUGACAAACUGCAAAGUUUUUCUUUACUCCCCCUCUCUCUCCCUUUUUUUCUUGGGGGGGUCUGGUUUGUGCCAUUUAGUCUUACAGCUUGAGUGAGUCAUUGGUGGAAAGAGGGGAGGAAGAUUUGAGAAGAAAUAUUGCUGUUAAAUGACUUUGGACAGCAUGACAUCACGGGGUAAUUAAAACAGCUUUCUGGAAUUCCGUUUCCAAUUCCUGCGCUCAGGUUUGUUGGAGGAUUUUUUCGAGCACCUGCAGGUUGGUGUGUGAGUGAAAUAUUUUCACUGGACGGAGUUCAAACUUUGAGGGGAAAGAGAAAAAAACGGAGGCAGCGGCAUUACGCCAUUCUUGCCUCUCUUGGAAAAAAAAAGUGGGAUUUAAAGAAGUUUCUAAGAAGAUAUCCAGCAGAAUAGAGCCGCGGAGUGUUUAAUGCAGGUCGUCUGUUUCUCAGCCUCCUCUUGGAUUUCUGCACUCCUCUCUCAGGCGGGAUCUCUCCAGCACUAUGGUUCUUACACAUGACGGAUGGGAGGAUAAGGCUUUGCAGGAUUUGUUUCUUCAACUUCUAAAACUCAGUUACAGUCCACAUCUUUGCUUUUACAACCUCGCAUAUGUCUAUAGUCCGUUACAGACGGGAAAAGCACUUUUUAUUCAUCCCCCCUCUGGCAGAGCGCAGGGAGACCUCAGAGGAUGAAAGACUCGGACCGAACAGGACUGUUCCCUCUUCUUUUUUUAAGCCAACAGGUCCAGAGAUUCUGAACAGACUGCGGUUUAUUACGAUGACGGCCUGGCAGAAGGCAAAAGGGCUUUAGGAUGAAAGUUGUGAAGCGACUUUGUCUCCUGCUGAGCUGCUGGACUCUCAUUUACCUGCACCCUGUCCUCGGUUCUCUCAGCCGGACCAGACCGACCGAGCAGCACCAGCAGCACCAGCACCGGCUUGGAGAGGCAGCGGAGCGCGCGGCGGGCGGCGGGGACGGAGAGCACGCCCACGGGAGAACCAGACAACCGGCGGCCGGUCCUGGGACGUGGAAACCCUCACCGGUGAGUCCGGCGAGGAUCACGCGUAUCCGCGCGGGUCCGCCGUUAAUCAAGGGCGAGACGACAGCUGUUAAAAGCUCAGCCGCCGCGGUGACAUCUGCGUCCUCAGCCUCGCCGCUGCGCAGCGGGGCCGCGCCGGUGAACCGCGCACAGCUGCAGCAGCUGCAGCGGGACAGAGCCGUCAGCUUGGGGCGCAAAGAGGCUGUGCGCUCCUGGCUGCCCGGCGGGGACGCUCACAUUAAAGCGCACGCUCCCGUGGCUUUUAGCGCACAUGCAGCGGGGAAAGGAGUCAGGACUGCGGCUGCUGGAGGUGGAGGCGGUGGCUCACCGGGGAGAAACUUUGGGAAAGUCGCUCCCGGUGCAGCGCGAGCAGCUGCUCCUGUGCGCACCGGGCCUCCGCAGAGAGUCGCCUCUGUGCAGAGGCAGCAGCAGCAGCAGAGCGGAGCGGCGGCUCCGGUGGCGCAGCGGGGAACCAGCUACAAGGCCCUGAAACUGAGCGACCGGGAGACGCAUCACAAGCAGCCGCUGGUGAUUCCUCACGACUACAUGCUGUCGCUGUACUGGUCUCUGUCCACCGGGGACCUGAACAGCAGCGCUCUGCAUGAAGCGGGGCUGGCCAACACCAUCACCAGCUUCGUGGAUAAAGGACAAGAUGAGCGCGGGCCCCAGCUCAGACGGCAGAGGUAUCACUUCAACAUCAGCUCUCUGGAACGAGACGGGCUCCUGGGGGCCGAGCUCCGCAUCCUGAGGAAGCGUCUGUCUGACCCCCGCAGAGCCUCGAUAGGAUCCUCGGCCUCUGAUGGAGGCAGAGGAGGAGAAGGGGGAGGAGGAGGCUCGUCCCCGUGCCUGAAGCUGUACACCUGCACUUCAGGUAAACAAAAGGCUGCUCUGCUGCAGAUGAAGGCCAUGGAGGAUCUGGUCAACGGAUUCGGCAGCAAAUGGGAAGUGUUUGACGUAUGGAAAGUCUUCAAGGGUUUCAAAAACCAGCAGCACCAGCACUCCCAGCAGCUGUGCUUUGAACUGGAGGCCCUGGAGCACAGAGGCGGUCGGCCCAUGGACCUGCGUGCUCUUGGGUUCGCCCGGCCCGGCAGGACCAACAAGGAAAAGGCCUUCUUCUUGGCGUUUGGCAGAAGCAAGAAGCGCGACCUUUUCUACAACGAGAUCAAAGCUCGGUCAGGCAAUGACAACAAAACCGUCUACGAGUACCUGUUCACCCAGAGACGGAUGCGCCGAGCUCCCGCUGUGAGGGUGGCGAAAAAAACACUGCAGCAGCCGCAGUCGCUGCCCCAGCAUCAGGCAGUGAAGACGAGGCCGCGCUGCAAUCGGAAACACCUCCACGUCAACUUCAAGGAGAUGGGCUGGGACGACUGGAUCAUCGCGCCGCUGGAGUAUGACGCGUAUCAUUGCGACGGCGCCUGUGACUUCCCCAUCCGCUCGCACCUCGAGCCGACCAACCACGCCAUCAUACAGACCCUGAUCAACUCCAUGGACCCAGAGUCGGCGCCGCCCACCUGCUGCGUCCCCACCAGACUCACCCCGAUCAGCAUCCUCUACAUCGACUCGUCCAAUAACGUCGUGUACAAGCAGUAUGAAGACAUGGUGGUGGAGGCGUGUGGCUGCAGGUAGCAAAGAAAGGUGAGAGAAAAAGAGAGAGACAGACAGUUCCUGUCCUUCUCUCUGAGGGAAGACAGAUUUGUUUGUUAACAAUAUGAUCGAACCUAAAACUUUAAGAUCAACACUGAGCAAAAGAGUUGUUUUUUCAGCUGACUGUGACCGAACUCACUGCUAUGCAACAGACAUUAUUCUUCACACUCAAGUGGACUUUCAGACCGCAUACCAAAGACUGUUAGACACUGUUAAAGACUAAACAGAGACAGAUAAACUCAUGGAGGUGAUGCUCUUUAACACCCACUCACUAAAACUUGUGUGUUAUGUUGAUGUUGGUGGUGAUAAGAAAAGAUGCAUCUGAGAGAAGCCAAAAACAGCCAGACAACAGAGACGAUUUCAGAUGAAAAGCUUAAGAUUAAAACUCAAACAGAUUUUUGCUGCCCAUUCUAUUUUUUCUCUCUCUUCAGAUUUGUAUCUACUGUAUGUCCUGAUUGGUGUAAAAAGUUUGUGUGUAACAGAAAUGCUAUUGAAACGUUAGUGAAUUAUACUCAAAAAUGCCCUUUUCCAGCACUUAUCUGCCAAUGUGCCUUUGCCCGUUCACAUGUACAAUGAGGAGUUAUUUGUAUGCCUUAUCCCAGACUUUUUUUUUUUUUUAUAAAGCAUGUGAAGAAUUUCUGAUGUAUAAAUACUGGCCAGUGAUGAAGUGCUAAUCUGACCUGCUCCAAAUGUGGGAAAGUUGCAUAAACUACUCUUCAAUAAAAAAUGUCUAAUUGACUGAGCUCCAAACUCCUAUCAGUCCGAACCUUUGCCCCCCCCGGGCUCUGUAGACUAAACAAUCGAAGGAAUUUGUGAGAUCUUCAGAUGCCAAAUCACAAUUUAACCCAGGAAUGAUUGUGUUUGAUUUGGAACAUCAGCGUUCCUUUGGUUUUGCUGCACGUUAGGUGAGUUCACAGGUACUAAAGAAGGCGUUUCUUUCUCUGAGUUUACAUCCGGUCUCUUGGCUUGCCAAUCAAGUCUUCUACAUCUCAGUUAAAACUGUUAAGAUUUUGGGCGUGGAUUAGUUUUCAGAUUCCUGGGGUCAGCAUAGUAACAGGAGGUGUGGUUUAAUACUACAGCAAACAGGAAUUAAGUAGCUGUUUACAGUGCAGCCAAACAAACUCACUUUAACUGCUGUGUUUUGUGAGGACACUUCACGAUAAAAGCUGCCCCGAGUUUCACCUGCUUUUAAUCUGUUUAGUUCUAGAAAACAUCACUGUUGCUAUGGUUAUGCCUGACGUCCACAUUACUCCGUAGUUUUCGAACUGGUAUAACUGAGACUUUUGGAAAUGCCGCUGGCCCCGUUUUAGUUUGAAAACUCUGGGUCUUGUCAGUGUCCUUCUGUGAUCAUUAUUUUCUGUAACAGUUCCAGCUUGCGUCAAGCAAAGAAAUCUCUUGUCUAACUUUUGUCCAUUGCUGGUCCUAGUUCAUAGUACUUUCAAUCACAUCAAACGUUAACACUAAAUUACAUGCUGCAUCAUUUCCUCUGAAUUCUGGGUGUGAAGGCAAGUUGAACAAACAAUGAAAAACUAACAAUAAAAGCUACUAUAAAAAGAGAUCUAGUCUAUAAAUAUAUUGAAUUUAUUGAAUAUAUUGAACUUCCACCCAGGAGUAUUAAAACACUCCCGUCCUUUUGGCUUGAAAGAUAGCUUUCACCCUACAGUGAUAGAAAAUGUGUUUGCAAGAGCUUUUCGCCUGGUUUUUGCCAUAUUUUAGCAAAACAUUUUUGUGAUUUUUAAACACGUGUUGGAAAUGUUUAGUGGUUUGAGACAUUUCUAUUGAGAGGAACUGUAAGUGUGAAUUCAAACUGACCACAGCUGCUCUGCUCCAUGAAGGAUGAAACUAACAUGCCGUGUUAACAACCUUUUUUAUCGUGUAAUUAAAGAGGAAAAAGGAAAAAAACUUUAUUAUCACUAAUUAGUAAAGUAGGAGCUGGUCAGUAUUUUACUGGCACCUGAUUCAUAUAAAGAAACCACAGGCUGUAUUAUAAAGUGUUACCACAACUCUUUCACAAGUGUCUGGUCACUUUGUCAAGGGUUUUUUAAAGCUUUUAAAGCCCAGACACCAAAUAAUAAAUUUAAUUUUUCCUUGGACACAGUCUGUCUACACAUACCAACACACUCCUGAAGUCACUGCCCAUUAGACACAACCUCACAUGGCCUGUUUUGGACCCUACACAUAUUGAGGGGAGAACUGGACCAUCUGUAAAGCUGUACAGACGACUACAUCUUUAUUGUUGCUAUGUAACAUAUACAACAGCAGCAACACGUCUUUGUCUGUGUUUCAUACAGGCAGCAGCGAGUGCACCUGUCUGCCUGCCCCUAGUAAAACUCCUCAACCAUUGGAUGAAGCCAUCUGCGCCGAGCGAAUGGCUUGUUUCUCUUGGAAACUGAGUGAUGUAAGCAUUUCCUUUAAUCAAAGCUGAGGCAUGCCAGUGGUAUUGCCCCCUCUCUGAAAACCUGAACUGACAAGGCGAGGGCUGGGAGAGGCUGAGCAGGACUGGACUUUUAAAAAAAUAACUCUAUUAGAAUUUAGCUGCUAGCUUGCAGCUUCAAACCAGGGAUCUUGGAUUACAAAUUACAAACUGCAGACCAUUUGAGGAAAGUUUGCAGUUGUAUUAAGACAGACUCCGAGGACAGGAUCUUGGGUAUAUCAACACUACUCACUAAAUUUCUUUAAAUCCCACAGCAGCUCAUUUACAAGAUGAGUCUGUUGUCACGCAGCAGCUGCAGAGCCCCCUUUAUUUUCAUUAACAUGUAAUAAAAACUACAUAGUUUAAAACAUACCACUGCUGCAGGUUCAGUUAUUCCUCCUAGAGAUGUAAUCUUCAGAUUUAUAUUCUGUUUUUCUCGUGUCUUAAAUGAAAAAUGUUUGUGUAAAGGUUGUGAUUUAUGGCGCUCGUGAUUUGUGUGUCGGUAAACAAUCAGCUCAUUCUUUUCAGAUGUGGGAAGGAACCCAUUCACUCAGACUUGACAGACCUAAAUUUAGCAACAAAUGCCAGUUACAGAUAAGAGGUAUUCCAAGUGUUUUUCCCAGCCGGAGACAUACUUUAAAAAAUUCACUCUGGGCUGAAUGUCCAUGUAAGUCUAUCGCUUUUCUGAGUGUGUUUAAAACAACAACUUUACUCAAAUACAUGUAAGAUAAUCUACAUGUAUACACCACUUUGAAAUACCAUUACAUAUCAUAUUGGCAAUAUAGGAUUGUACAUUUAGGAAUUCCUUUAAACUAAGUAUUCAUCGAAAACACAUCCUUCAGUUUACCAUGUUUGAUGCUCUUUCUAAAAAAACAAAAAAGUUAAAAGAUAAAAUUCUGGUUUGUUAUAACUAGGGUUUUAUUUUUGCAUCUUUGCCCAUAACAUCAUGCUUCCAUCGAACAGGAAAAAUAAGUACAGCAGGUUAAAGCUAAAGAAGGAAGGUUUGUUAACUGUGAUGAAUGUGUACAAUGAACAGUUGGGGUAAAAAUUCACCUUUUUUUCAUGUUAACUAACAUGAGUUUAAAAACCAUGAAAGUCUGACCUGCUGCUGUCAUUAGAAAUCAAAUCUGACAUCAUUUAAUUUGGGCAAAGAUGUGAAUCUACUUUAUGAUCGCAGAUUAAGAUGAAUGUAUUUUUAGCUAGGCUAGCAGUGUGGCUCUGUGGAUAGUAACUUGGUCGUCAGUUGGUCCACUGCUUUGGUCCAGAUCACGCUAGUGGCUCCUCAGAUUACAUAGCGAUACUUUGAGCUAAAUGCUAACAUCAGUAUGCUAACAUGUUCACCCUGACAAUGUUAACAGGCUAAUGUUAAGCAGGAUAUCUAAACGUUUUAGCAUGCUAACAUUUGCCAGUUAACACAAAGUAGAGCUGAAGCAAAUGGCACUUUCAUUGGUUUUGCUUAUAUCUGGGUAUAAACAUAAUUAUUGGACAGUUUGACCCAAUGAUGGCACUAGAUGAAAAGUUACAGGAAUACCAAAUUUA